UGCUCUCUUUCCGUCUGUGGCAGAUGGAGGAACCUGUUUGAUCCCCUGCAGGGCCAAGCACACCCUCCCACACUGUCAUCCCCUCCCAUAACAAGGCUGGGCCUUGGCAGAGGCAACCUUGGCCGCCUUGCCCACACUCUGGCGGCUGCACUUGCCGCUGCAAGUCCUGUUACCUGCUUGGGGACAUCCUUGGAGGGAGGAAACGCCUGUCUCAUCAUCAGACGACAAUUACAUCACCUAAAGCAAAAAAUCUGGAAGCGGAGACACGAGCAAACCAGCCGGAACCAUGUUGUCCCUUAGUACCGCAAAAGAUGGUGUCAUCCCUCCUACUGAAGGCGAUCGGAAGAAGAUCAUCACUCAGAUGAAAGUGCGGACGACACUGAGAGGGGAUAAGAGCUGGAUCCAGAAGAAAUCAGACUCUGAUGACGAACAGAAUCACAGCCCACUAAGACAUUCACCACUGAAGACCACUGGACGAUCACCUCCUGCAUCGAGAACUUUGUCACCAAGUCGCAGGAUUGCCUCUCCAGAACCCUCUUCCCAAGCAGAGUCAAAGUCUUCAUUGACACCAACAAGUCCUUCCAGAAAGUCUACUGUGGCACCUACUGGAUAUCUUAUCAGGGGGGUUUUCACCAAGACCAUCGAUAAGACUCCUGCUUCCAAUGCAACACCCAAUGGCUCACCAACAAGUGCCAAGAACAGCAGCGUAGCCCGUUCCUCCCAAGGGUACAAAAUGUCAACUGAUGAAUACAAGAAAUUAGCUCCCUACAACAUCAAGCGAGAACUAUCCGAUCCAGGAGAGGAGGAGCCUUCUGUUUCCCCAGAUGAGCAAAAAAAGAGAACUGAAGCUGCAAGCAGCGUCCUCAGGCGAACAGCCAACAAGGAGCGUUCCUAUGUCCUUUCAGCUGCCAAGAAAAGCAAUGGGAGUUCACCAACACAAGAUGCACCAUCCUUCCUGACUAAGAGGACUGAUGUGGAAGAUGAAAGCAGCCCGCGCUCCAGAAGUCAGACAGUGCCUGCCUCCGCGUGGUUCAGCAGUCGUGAAAAGAGUAUCAAUGUGGUCAACAAGAAUCGUGCCUCCCAGCCGACUGAAUCCUCCUCCACUUUCAACCACUUUAGUUCCAAAGAGAGCAGUCCCAAACCUGAUCAAGAGAAACACCAACUUAUUUCCUUUGAGGUAUCUCCAUCUCCUUCAAAGAGAAGUGAAAAGAAUGACAGAACUUCACAGACGGCACCAAGUACUGAAACACAAAAUACCAUUUUUUCUGAACACAGCUGGGAAACUAGAAAGCCGAACGAUGCAAUGAUAAAUCAAACACCACCAAUUCCUCAUAUUGCCAUCUGCCCAGCAGCAAGCCCAAAGACAUCUACCUUGAAUCACAAAGAGGAGGACUUCAACAGAGAUUUCAAAUACUCCAUCCCAAGUCCACAAGUUGUGGAACAACCUGAACACCAGUCACUCACUUCUAAGACUCAGGCUUUUGCAAGGGAUCCAAUAGAUUCUCCUUCUGAAUCAAAAUACAAAGUGCCAUCCCGCUUUGACAGCAAUGAGGAUGACCGCAUCAAAAGGUCUUCUUCAGGGUUUGAGAGGAAGUUCAUGUAUGAGAUGGCGGAUGACAGUCCAAGUGACACCGAAUACAAAAAAGUGGAGGCUUACCUGGCAACGUCUGGUUCAUGGUCCAGCGAAAGCAGUCUCAGCACCAGUGGAACUCCAAGUGAACUCCCAAGAAAUGGCAGAAGGGAUGGAUCAGAGCUGGAGACUCCCAGGCCCAGCUCUUUCUCAGCCGAGAGUGGGCUUGCCACUCCAGAGAGCCAACAAGGAGAGAACGGGUCAGACUCAGACACACCAAGGUACUCUUUCCCCUCCCAGCCCAGUCUCUCCAGCGGGCUUGAUCAUGGGAUCUCAGAAGCCAGCUAUAGGAUCCCAAGGUACCUGGGCAGUUCAGUUUACAGCCCCCACUUGCUGGAGGGUGGCCGCAGCAGGACACUGUCCUAUCUGGAUCGCCGGACUAGAAAUACCUUCCGGUUAUCAGAAAGCACUCAUGCGAGGCCAUCGUACCUGAACUACCAAUCGUACAAUAGGAGGAUGUUGGAGAUGAAAUAUGGAAUCACAUCACGCCUGUACAGCCAGGCGCUCAACAGCGAAAGUAGGACCUACCACCCUUUCAGGGAUGGGCCAGGGAGCGGUUCCCCAAGAAGCCAUCGGACUCCUUUCUACAGGGACUCCUUUGUUACAGACAACAGAAGGAACGUGAUGGGUUCAGAAACAAAUGCUAUCAACGCUCCCCUCCAUUUUAAGCACCCCUUGGCCCCUGGGUAUGAAUCAGACCACACUACUUCAAGGAAUGUGAUGAGCUCAGAAAUGAGAUCCAUCAAUGCUUCCCCCCAAUUUAAGCACCCCUUGGCCCCUGGGUAUGACUCAGACCACACUACUUCAAGCAAAGGCCUCCUCUUUGUGAAAGAGUCUGUCAACACUACGGAAUUGUCCUCCUCGCCGCGUUACAACAGUCGCAGCCUGGCUGACUUGUCCGAAUUGGAGAAAUUAAACUACAGCACUGCCAGCUAUCUGAAUAGUAGCCCCUCCAAAAGGCCACCAGAGGACAUCUGCACUUACUGUGGCCGUGAAAUUCGCAACUGCCCCAAGAUAACCAUUGACAAACCCAAAAUCUGCUGCCACGACUAUUGCUUCCGGUGUGGGAUUUGCCACAAGCCAAUGGGAGACCUCCUGGAUAAAAUCUUCAUCCACCGAGACAUUGUCCACUGUGACAAAUGCUAUGAGAAGCUCUUCUAGGAUAUCCUGAUUUGGAAGAACUGGAAGAGGUUUUGUUUGCAAUCCUGUCGCCACUGAUGAUGCCAGAGCAAACACCCUGCCUCCACCCAUGUUAUUUCACUCUUGCAAUGUUUUCCCAGGGAAAGUGACUUGCAGCAACCCAUGGAGCAACUGCAACAUUUUUUUUAAUGAUCUUCCCCCUUUAGUUUAUCAGUUUACUUAUUGCAAGGUGAAGUCAUUAAGAUGAUGUAGAUUGCCAUAUAAUCAAAUUUUCUGAAUCCAGAUUAUCUGCUUUGAACUGGAUUCUGUGUCAGUGUAGGUUCAUCCUUACGAGUGCAUCUACACUGUAGAAUUAAUACAGUUUGACACCACUUUAAUCUCCAUAAUUCGAUGCUAUGUAAUCAUCAAGAGAGCAGCAGUCUUUGGAAAAGAAGGCUUGAAGACCUUGUAAAACUACAACUCUCAGGAUCCCAUCGCAUUGAGCCAUGGCAGAUAAAGUGGUAUCAAAGUGCAUUAAUUCUUCAGAUUCUGGGUUCUCUGUUGUUUCGACUCAGGUCGCAGUGACCCAUCUCUUGUAAAGCAGAUAAGAUCCUCAUCAUUUUUUUAAAAAAUUGCAAAUUAUAUUUUGAAGACAAAAAAGCUUUAGUUCUCUGCUUAAAGACAAUGGGGGUAUUUUAGUUUGGAGCGACAAUACACUUAUAUAAAAUAGCUGGCCUACCUACCGAAGUUGGCCUUUAGUUAAUCAUUCCUCAAUGUUGACUUUCAAGGCUGACUUCCCUUUAACAGACCUGGAAGUCAGUAUUUACCUUUAGAGCGCUCGUUUUUGCCAAGUGAAAUUUCAGAAGCCAACUGCACUCGCUGCUUGAUUCUGCCGUUGCAAACUGCUUUCGGGAAGAAGCUUUCGUUCUCUUUUAGUUUUUGUUCUGCUGAUCUGAAAUGCUUCAUCUCGCGCUCAGUUCUAAUAAAAGUCAUGUGCAGGAAGCUCA